AAUACGUGCCUCUACUCAUCAGCGGGGGUUGUCUCUCCUGUCUCAAAUAGCCUAACACAUUCCAGGAAUAAGAGGCUACCGCUCCAUACGUCCUUCAUCAGUCAUCAGUCUGAGGCAAACCACAACCAACCAUGUUUCAAGAAGUUUCCCAAACCGACAAACCUGCUUUCUUACUCAAGAGGAGAAAAGUGACCUCAGAAUAUAAUCGGACAUGUCGUCUGGGCACAGAAAAUCCGCAGAGUGCCAUUUACGUUCUUGGCACCUCUUUGAAGGCAAACCUGAACAGGAGUGCCCCACCCAACUCAAAGUUCUUCUCUGUGAAGUGCACUUCCAAUGUUCAGUACAGCAUCAGCCCCCCGCACCAGGAGACUACCCACCUCUCGCCCAUCCCUCUCAAUGGAAACUCAAUGCUAUUCAUCAGCAUGAGUCGUGCCAGUCAAUAUGAAAAUGAUAGCAAGCUGUCUGUCCAGUACUAUGGGGGGAAAAAAGAGGUCUUGGGGAGAGCACUCCUGCACCUGACAGCUGUUGAGAUCUCUCUGGAUGUGGAUGCUGACAGAGACGGUGUUGUGGAGAAAAACAACCGUAAUAAGGGAACCUGGAAAUGGGGUCCUAACGAGCAUGGAGCCAUCCUAUUGGUCAACUGUGACUCAGAGCGGACCUACUGGAAGAAACCAGACAGCGAGCAGAACUACAUCUCCAAAGUGUCAGAUCUGAAGGACAUGUCUGUCAUGGUGUUGCGGACCAGAGGCCCAGCCAAGCUCCCAGAGGGCUACAAGCUCACCAUGCACAUCUCUCAGGGAGACGCAGAGAGUGUCAGAGUCUUCAAGUCCAGAUCCUCUGAAGUGGUGAAUAAUACCCUGCAGAAACUCUUCUAUAACUACUUUGUGAAGGAAUAUCCACUGGUCCUGAGUAGUGAGGUCUUGUCCCAGGAAGUGCCUUACCUCGGAGGCGUAGCAGAGAUGAACUUUUAUGUGGAGGGCCUCAGGUUUCCUGACAAAGACUUCGAUGGGCUCAUCACCAUCAACCUCAGUCUGUUGGAGCCCAUCUGUGAGGGUCUCCCUGAGACGCCUAUUUUCACAGACAAAGUCGUGUUCAGAGUGGCACCGUGGAUCAUGACACCCAACACCCUCCAGCCUGUAGAGGUGUUUGUCUGCAGCACAUCUGAUAACUACCAGUUCCUUAAAGGAAUGAGGAACCUUGUUGCAAAGAGCGGAUACAAGCUCAAGAUUUGCCAUGAGUAUGAGAACAGAGGAGAUCGCUGGAUGCAGGAUGAGCUGGAGUUUGGCUACAUUGACUCACCUCAUCAAUGGUUUCCUGUUGUUCUGGAUUCACCUCGAGAUGGAAAACUCCAGGAUUUUCCAUAUAAUGAGCUACUGGGCCCCGACUUUGGCUAUGUGACGAGGGUGGCCCAGAGAAAAGAUGUGAGCAGUCUGGACUCAUUCGGUAAUCUGGAGGUUAGUCCUCCCGUCACUGUGAAUGGAAAAAAGUACCCCCUGGGCAGAAUCAUCAUUGGAGUGGCCUUCCCUACGGCAACUAAAGGACGGAACAUGACCAAAGUAGUUCAAGACUUCUUGAGGGCUCAGAAGGUUCAGGAGCCCAUCGCCUUAUUUUCUGACUGGCUCCUUGUCGGCCACGUAGAUGAAUUCCUGACUUUUGUUCCUGCACCCGACAGAAAGGGCUUCCGGCUGCUGCUGGCCAGCCCAGACGCAGGCUACAAACUAUUCAGAGGCUUACAGAAUGAUGGACACGGACAAGCCAAACUGUUUGAGGGCCUGAAAGAUGAAAAACCAAUCACAAUUGAUGAGAUUCUUAAUGAUGGCAGUCUCCAAGAUGAAAAUAACUACGUGCAGAGCUGCAUCGACUGGAAUAGGGAUGUACUGAAGAAAGAGCUAGGCCUGGAUGAUGAGGACAUCAUCGACCUGCCAAUACUCUUCAAGUUAGUGGUGGAGGAGGAGAAGGAGCAGUACAGAGCAGUGGCUUACUACCCUGACAUGGUGAACAUGAUUGUCUUGGGGAAAAACCUCGGCAUCCCGAAGCCCUUUGGCCCCAAGGUGAAUGGACGCUGUGCCCUGGAGGCUGAGAUGUGCUCCCUAAUGGAGGGCCUGGGCCUCAGCUGCACAUUCAUCGAUGACUUCGCCUCCUACCACAAACUGCUGGGAGAGGUGCACUGUGGCUCCAAUGUCCGCAGGCAACCGUUUGACUUCAAGUGGUGGAACCUGGAGAUGUGAAUGAGAAUUUAACAAUGGAUGGAGAUGGGUUAGAGAAGCAAAAAGAGGGUUGUUUUCAAAAUACUUGACUGUUUAAGACAACAAUAGCACCUUGAGUUAGCUUUAAGUUGGAAGAGAUGUUUUUCUUGUCAAAGCCUUAAAAGUCUCUAUGUCUUAAAAUCAUGAAAUGUUUAAUUGUGUUAUCAAUCAUUUUGGAAUACAUGCCACGUUUUUCCAAAUAAUGUUUCUUUAAGAUAAUUUUUCUGACAUUUUUGCUUUGUUGGAGUCACAGUAGAGAGAGACAGGAAAGGCAGGGGAGAGAGAGCGGGGAUGAUGUGCAGCAAAGGUAACUGCAGUUAUGACUCAGCCUUAAUAAUGGUAUGCACUCUACCAGGGGUGCCACGUAUGCCUCAUUUUUUUAACAAAAUACUUGCACCGUAACCAUCAACAUUUAUGUAGGAAGAAUUACCCCAGGGGUUAUGAUCUAUUGUACGCAUCUUCAUCUUUAUUAAACAUUUUUGUUGGCUUUAUUUACAAAAAGGAUGAAAAGCAAUAUUUACAAACAAAUCUUUUGAACAAGGGCUUAAGCAGACUGUUGACAAGAACAGAAAAUACAAUCAUUUGAAUCAAGCACAUAGAAGAUUCACUCCCAAUCAUGUUGAGGUUUGGACCUGCCGUUGGCAUACAGUGCAAGCAUAGUUAGAUGAAUGGUACCACAUAGUGAUAUGCUAUAAUAAUACAGAGCCACAAGAGGGCGAACUUUAUCUACUCAAGCAUUUCCAAAGUCAAGAAGAAAAUCAUUUGAAAUCAUCAUAAAUCAAUUUAAAAGGCUGUAAUAAACAAAUGUGUAAUUGUUACAGAAAAAUUCUCUCUGUAAUUUUUUCUAUGCCAUAUUUCAGUAUAGUCAAAUGCAAAAUGUUACUUUGUUCUGAGUGAUUUGUAGGUAUAAACAGCUGUGUUGCAUUUGGUCCAGUGUCUUAACUCUAUUGUACUUUCACAAAGUGUAAAUGCUGUCAUUAAUUCACUGUAGACAAUACAUCUCAUGUCCGCUUCACUCAUAUCACUGAAAUAAAACAAAUCCAUGUA